AUGAAGAAGACGCUGCUCCUAGUGUUUAUCCAUGGCUUCAAGGGAGAUGAUGAUACGUUUGGAGAGUUUCCAGGGCGCUUUUGUGGUCUGAUUAGUCGUGCCCUCCCCGCUGUCCAGGUCGUCGCCACUGUUUACCCAAAGUAUGAGACUCGAGGCGAACUAAAAGGAUGCGUAAGUAACUUCCGGGAAUGGCUCCAGAACAAAGUCAUCGACUUGGAGGUCUCGAACCGAACGGCUUCACCGACAGUUGACCCUUCUGUGCAUGUUAUCCUGCUCGGGCAUUCUAUGGGUGGGAUAGUGGCUGCCGAGACCCUUCUUCUGCUUGCAUCGGAACAGCCGAUUCCUGCACCAUCUUCUGCAGAUUCUGCAACCGACACUCUAGUGGAUUCUGAAUCUGCCGUGGGGGCGCAAUCUUUCAUGUUUCCUCACAUUCAGGGUGUUAUCGCAUUCGACACUCCUUUUCUAGGCAUUGCCCCGGGUGUCAUAUCAUAUGGUGCCGAAGGUCAUUAUCGAAAUGCCACUACGGCGUACACCGCGAUAUCAGAAGUUGCCGGCUUGUUCGGCCUAGGCGGUAACUCUUCGAAUAAGGCAUCUACCGACCAGGGAAAAGCUUCCAACAAAAGUCUACCUCCUUCGGCUCCUAACUCAUCUUCAAAUGCAGAUGCUGCCGCGACACCAUCAUGGCAACGGUGGGGCAAAUAUGCCAUGUUUGCAGGAGCUGCUGGAGCAUUGGCUGCGGGCGGGGCGGCCGCGAUGUAUUCACAGCGAGACCGACUGACGGAUGGUUGGGGCUGGGUAUCAUCCCACCUGUCAUUUGUCGGUUCUUUAGCACGGCCGUCUGAAUUACGGAGGCGCCUUGCACUACUUGCCGAAGUCCAAAGGGACCGAGGUAUCGGCUGCACUAAUUUCUAUACGUGCUUGGGCCAAAAUGCAAGUGAUCUAGUGGAGAACAAGAACGUCGGGACAUCGUCGUUCAGCCAGAAGAUAAUACGCUCGAAGAAUCGCACUUUCUGCUCGCUUCCCGCGGAAGUAGAAAGUUCGGGGUCUUCCCAACAAGACAUCCGAUGGGCCAGGGCCGUGAACGAUAAAGCUGCAGAUGAAAUCAAAGCACACAUUAGCAUGUUUUUGCCGAACGAGAAUCCAGCCUUUAAUUUACUCGUGUCUGAUGCAUGCAAAGUGCUGGUGGAGUCGGUUGACAAGGGCUGGUACGCCACGGCCACAGGGCCAAUUGAAGAGGUGGACGGGAACAUGCCGCGGUCCGACGAUGACCGUAGCAAAGACCAGACUGAUAGCGGGUUCAUGGACGGGGACGACGUUGUAGUCGUGGAGUGAAAAGGAAGAAAAGGGAAAAAAAGCAAAAUAAGCCUGAGACAUGAACGCACUAUGACCAUCCCAGAACCAAAACAAUAUAGCCAAGCGGAUUGUCUCAUGCCAGAACGAUACUGAUCGCGGUCCCUCGACACCCGCAUCGGCUUAAUCCUCCAAUCACCGAAGCCAGAAGGAAGAAAAAGAAUCAGAAUCCCUUCCAGAGCAAUCCUUGCAGUCGACAAAAAGCGGAUUAUUCCACGUAAUCUGUUUCACCCACUGCAAGGAUUAGGCUUGAACAGACGUGUGGCUGAAGGACGAGGGCCCGAUCACCUCAAGUCAGACUACUACUUAGUACUAGACUUACUAGCGACGGAGACGGAGACGGAGGAGAUGGGGGCGGGGCCAGCCAGCCAGGCAGCUAAACAAAACAAAUCGCCUAUGACAAUGCAGCCAGCACUUUUUUCCCCCCUCCCCUCCCCCUUCUUCCCCCCUGAGGGGCAUUUUCUAG